UUGAGUUCUCUCUCUCUCUCUCUCUCUCUCUCUCUCUCUCUCUCUCUCUCUCUCUGUGACUCAGACUCAAAAACCCAGCUCUGUUUUUUUGUUUUUGUUUAAGAAUUGAGUGUUGAAAAUGCUGCCGAGGCUUAACGGGGCUGUGUGGAUGGAGGACAGGGAGGACAGAGACGCCGGAGACUGGGCUAGGACCGCCGGGAACGGGAAGGACGAGAUGGGUUCUCUGUCGAACUUCAAGUCCAUGCUAGAGGCUGAAGAUGAGUGGUACAACAUGAACAACAACAACAAUGGCAUUCAAGGCCAUUCUGACGUCAGAGACUUGACGUUCUCCCCAAGCUUUGCUGACCCAGAAAGCUUGCUGCUGAACCAAGUCGACUCCUCCUCUUCUUGUUCUCCAUCUUCCUCUGUUUUCAACAACCUCGACCCUUCUCAGGUUCAUUACUACUUGCCUCAACAACCAUCACUAUCUUCUCUGCUCAAUGUUGUCCCCAGCAACAACCCAUUAGACCAUGGCUUUGAUUUGGGCUGUGAGAUUGGGUUUCUUGACCACCAAGGCUCCGGUGGUGGUUCUGGUUCGAGUUUGAUGAACAGGGGAGGUGGGGUAUUAACUAGCUUUAAUGAUUUGAGCUCCAACUCCCACAUGCAGCCUCAGAACCUUUGCUCCAAUUUGCAAUUCUCAACUACCCGUUUGCCUCAUUUGCUUGAGAAUAGUAACAAUUUUUCAGGUUUUCGGGGUGUUGAUGAUGCUUCAGGGAAUGGUUUGUUUAGCAAUAGGUCUAAGAUGUUGAGACCUCUGCAGCCCUUGUCUUCUGUGGGAGCACAGCCUACUCUUUUUCAGAAAAGGGCAGCUAAGAAUUUGGGUGGUUUGGGGUCUGAAAGGGGAUUGAUUUUGAGUAGCUAUGAAGGGGUCAAGGGGAAGAGGGAAAUGGGUGAGGAGAAUGAGAGGAAGAGGAAGUUUAGUGGUGGAGAUGAUGGUGAAGAUUUGAGUUUCGAUGGCUCGGGUUUGAACUAUGAUUCUGAUGAGUUUACUGAGAUUGCUAAAGUGGAUGAGAAUGGUAAGAAUGGUGGGAAUAGCUCCAAUGCUAAUAGUACUGUCACUGGUGGAGAGCACAAGGGGAAGAAGAAGGGGCUCCCUGCCAAGAACCUGAUGGCUGAGAGGCGCCGCCGCAAGAAGCUCAAUGAUCGGCUGUAUAUGCUGAGAUCCGUUGUUCCAAAGAUCAGCAAAAUGGAUAGAGCUUCUAUCCUUGGGGAUGCAAUUGAGUACUUGAAGGAACUUCUGCAGAGGAUCAACAACCUCCAUAACGAGUUGGAGUCGCUCCCUCCAGGGUCUGCAUUGACACCUACCGCAAGUACUUUCCACCCCUUGACACCCACUCCGCCUACUCUUCCAAGCCGUAUCAAGGAAGAACUUUGCCCCAGCUUACCUAGUCCGAAUGGCCAACCUGCAAGGGUUGAAGUAAGGCUACGAGAAGGAAGGGCUGUGAACAUCCACAUGUUCUGCGGCAGAAGACCUGGUCUGUUGCUCUCCACUAUGAGGGCUGUAGAUAAUCUUGGUUUAGAUAUCCAGCAAGCUGUCAUUAGCUGCUUCAAUGGGUUUGCCAUGGAUAUAUUCCGGGCUGAGCAAUGCAAGGAAGGCCAAGACGUCCACCCCGAGCAUAUAAAAGCAGUACUUUUGGAUUCAGCUGGGUUCAUGGCAUGAUAUAGGUUGCAUCAGAACAACAAACUGAAGUCUCUGUACCAAGAUAGGAGAGGAGUCAUGCAAUUUGUUCAACAUUUUCCGCUACCCAAAAGCUCAACUGUGCCCUCUAUGAACUUCUAAUUUAGCAGCUAUUGAAACUUUGUAGAUUUUGUCUGUAUCAUG